AUGAGGAUUAUCCGCCUCCUCGCUCUCGCUCUGGCGACCGGCGUCGCCCACGCCCAGGGCGGUCUAAUUCUCCACUAUCCUCUUACCGGCAACGCGCCAGCGGACGGCAUCAUCCCGGACGUGAGCGGCAACGGCAACGACGGCAAGGUCGUCGGCGCGCCGCAGUUCACGGGCGCCGCGGGCCUUCGACUCGACGGCGUCGACGACCACGUCGCCCUUCCCAACGACCUCAUGCGCGGCCUCGACGCCAUCACCGUGAGCACCCAGGUCCUCGUCCGCGCCGAGCAGUCCGGCAACUACUUCAUCUUCGGUUUGGGCGUCACGUCCAACGCCGACGGCAACGGCUACGUCUUCGUGACCGGAAAUCCAUACCGCGCCGCCAUCUCCUCGGGCAACUGGGAGCUCGAGGCCGAGUCGCGCACCGACGCCAACCUACCCCGCGACGCGUGGAAGACGGUCACGUACACCGUCGACAGUAAAGCAGAUACCGUGGCCCUUUAUCUCGACGGGGAACGCGUCGCCGGCCACACCAACAGCAACCGAAUCAUCGCCCCCAGCACGAUCGGCGGCGGCUCCACGCCCAACAACUACCUCGGCCGGUCCCAAUACACUGCCGACAGCUUUCUCGCCGGCUCCGUCCGUGACUUCCGCGUCUACAAUCGGGCCCUGACCGAGGCCGAGAUCGCCCAGAUCCAGCCCAACGAGGAGAACCGUCGGGACGUUGCCCUCGCUUCCUUGACGGUCGUCAACGUCGACGACGUGCGCGGCAACCUUUUCCUUCCCGACAACGUAGACGGCUUCGAGGUGAUUUGGACCAGCAGCGACCCCGACGUCAUCUCCGCAGACGGUAUCGUCAACCGCCAGUCGUCCGAUGUCGAGGUCAAGCUCACCGGCAUCAUCGAGAACAACGGCCGCGAGUUUACCGCCAAGGUACGCAAGGCCGCAGAUCUUGCGCCCUUCGAAGGCUACGCCUUUUCGUACUUUACCGGAAAUUCUCGUGACGGCGAGCGCAUCUACUUCGCUGCCAGCGAAGGCAACAACGCCCUAAAAUGGCGUGAGCUCAACGGCGGAAGGCCCGUCCUGAGCUCCACCAAGGGGACCACCGGUCUCCGAGAUCCCCGCUACCUAGAAGUGUGGGAGUCGCACGACCUCGUGAACUGGUCGGCGCAGCGCCAUGUCCUCGUCUCUCCCUCUACGGCCGGAAACACCUGGGCUCCCGAAGCCUUUUACGACGAUGAGAUUGGCGCCUACGUCGUCUUCUGGGCGUCCUCGCUCUACGGCGAGAACGACGGCAGCCACACAGGCUCAACCUACCACCGCAUGCUCUACGUAACAACCCGAGACUUUGUCAGCUUCUCCGAGCCCCAGGUAUGGCAAGACGCGGGCAUGUCCCGCAUUGACACGACCGUCGUUCGCGACGAGGCCAACGGCGUGUAUUACAGGUUCACAAAAGACGAGGGCGCAAGGGCAACAGGCUGCACCGACAUCAUCCAGGAGCGCUCAACCAAGUUGCGCGGCCCCAUAUCUGAAUGGACUCAGAUUGCGACGUGUAUCGGAAAGAAUGCCGGGACGACAGCCGUUGAGGGUCCCUCGAUCUUCAAGGCCAACGAGGGAGACGUCAAUGGCGGUGACAAGUACUACCUUUUCGUGGACGAAUACGGCGACAGAGGAUACGUCCCGCUCGAGACAUCAGACAUUGCUGGAGGGAAAUGGAAACUACCCGCCAACUGGAAUCUUCCCAGGAGCCCCCGCCACGGCACCGUCAUUCCCGUCACUGCUGAGGAGCUGUCCUUCCUCUCGGGGAGUUUGAGCUGA